GCGCCGGUGCCGCGCCCAGUUUCCGCCUCCCUCGCUGCCCACCCAGCCAUCCCUUCCUUCCCGCUGACUGGGACCCCCUUUGUGUGCGGGGCUUUGCGGAGCAGGCCAGGCUUGUCGCCCUCUCGCGAUCCUCGAGGGUUCCUGCCCGCUUUCUCCGUCCCUUCUCCGGGGCUGGGCUUGGCGCGGGAUGCGUGGUCGGCAGGGGGCUGAGACCUCACUUUUCGCCCCCCCCCGGCAGGCCUAGUCGGAGGGGCCGAGGAGGGGGCCGAGCUUGCUUCUGUAGGGCAAGAGAGAUGGGGCGACCCAAGGUCGGGUUAUUUAGGUGACUUGGUUGUGGCUGGAACGUGGGGGGAGUGGAGCUGAAACUGCCGCCCGUCUUAAAACGUGGUGUGUUUGUGUGUGAGGUGGGGGGGGGGAAUAAAGCCGGCUGCUCUUUUAGCCCGCCAGUGGCUACUUAACAGAAAUGAAAGGGUUGCACACUGUUCCUUGAGCAUUGCGCAUCUUUAAUACAUUUGACACUAGCCGGACAGAUCUGGCUGCCUCCGAAAACAGCAUGGCUUGAGUUCAAUGACCUCUUCUGCCACAGCGGGGAGAUCGAGUUGCUUUUGUGACUGUCAGUUUUUACAGACACCCCCCCCCCGCCCCCGCGCACACACACAGAGCAGAGCAGACAGGUAGGCGGCACUAGUUCCUAUUUAUGCAACAACAAUCUGCAUACCCAGCUCCUGUACAUGAUUUUUUUUUACUCUAUCUCUUUGUGAUGGGUUCAGAGUAAAUAGUUAAUAUCUGAGUAGUUGUCUACUGUUCAGUUGCUACCCAGUUAGCUCAGACAUAGUGAUGUGGUUUUGAAGCAUGUUUAUAAUGGCUCAUUGGGGGUGCCUACUUGAAUAAAAGAGGGGAUGGUGCACACACACCAUUUGAAUGGCAAUGCCCAUCAGCUUUGUGGGGGAGGGCAGUCCACUCGAAUAUUAGGGUGGGGGACCUUGGCCCCUAGGAGUUGGCUGCUAUGUGACUGAUAUUUAAUACUAGACAUGUUCAGAGUAGCCCCACUGAAAUCAAUGCAUUUAAGUUACAACGGGUCUACUCUGAUUGUGACUGAUAUUGGUUAUCUCCCAGCAUGCUUGGGUGGAUGUGUGUCUCAAACCUGUUUGUAAGGCAAACAUCGUGUAUAAAUCAGACACGCAGCUUCAUUUUUGCAACAGGCUAAAUGUGCAUAUUUCUGCAUAGAGUAUAAUAGAAUCUAGUAACACUGAAUAGACUUUCAAAUGUCACACUACCUCUGGCUUCAAAGUAAAAUAAUAUAUGGAUAUUGAGAUGGAUACACAUAUGCAUGAACAGUGAUUUCUACUGUAGUUGUGAUAGAUGUCUGUACUGAAAAAAAAGGCUCACCCCCUUUGAAAUCUACUUUUGCUACCUUCUAUCCAUAGACUUUUUAAAAAACAGCAUUACAUUUUGCUGUUUUUCUUGCACUUCAAAGUCAGAUAGCAAAUAUGACUAUGGAUUAAUGUAGCAGAUGGUAAGUUAAAGGCAGUUAAGAUUUUUUAUAUUUUGGGGACAUAUCAAGCCAUUACUAAGUCCCCUAGAGCCUCUUUAAAUAAAUUUUCAAAUAACCUGUUGUCACUGCCUGGCUGUGUUGUUUCAUUUCUGUGUUGCUAUCCAUAUGGAUAUGUGAGAGAACUGAAAAUAUGAGACUAAAGAGACACUCUUGUAUAUACAUAAUUGGGGUUAGUUACCAUUUAGCUCGGUGAUCUGUUUGAAUAAGAAUUGGGCUGCAAGUUGUGUAGCUUUUCAGCUGCUUUUUCUCCAGUUUCUUGAAAGGGAGAUUUUGGUCUCAUUUGUAAUUUUAAAUUGGGCUGUUCACAUAAAAUGUAGCAGCAGAUUUUUUAAAGCCAGGUAUUAUACUGUGGACCUUUAUUGUAAAGUACAGAAUAUUGUUGUUCUAUCCUUUGAUUAUAUCAUUUACCAGAAAAAAUACUAAACGUGCCCGAGAAGUACCAAGAGCCAUUUGCCAUCUUGAGAUGCAGUUGUAGUUGUGGGGAGAAACUGUGAAGCAUUCCUGACUACAUAAUACAGUCUCUAUAGAUUUACUUUUGCCAACACUAGUACACAAUGGUUCUGUCACACAACCUAGAGGCAGUUCUGCCAAAAGUAGGCUUGGCUGUAUCAGCUGUUAGGAAAAAGCUUUCCAUAUUCUGUGAUGCAAUUAUACAAUUCCCUGGUACAGUUGGAUCUUGCUUCUGGAAGUAUAUGCUAGAUGGGAAGUACAACUGAGACAUAGCAUGAUUAAAGCUCUUAAAGAUGAUGUGAGUGGGGGACUGCUAACAUAGGGCAAAAAACCCAACCAAACAAAAUGCAUUUCAACCAGACCCUGGUAUUUAGCAACCAGAAAUACUGCCUAGGCACAUGGAAAUACUACUUCUAGCUAUUAUGUCUAAAAAGUUAUUUUUUUGUAAACCUCUGUAGAGCAGUCUAAGCUAGUAUGAAUAGUUUCUGUAAUUGUAUUGUUUGAAACUUCACAUUGCUGUGCUGGGCUACUAGCAAUGUAAUUGAAUGAGUUCACAUUUAAAGCAAAAGUACUACUUUAAGUCUGUUGGCACACCUGAAUUGUUUGCUAAAUGUUGCUUCUUGCACAAUAUUGGGGCUGAAGAGGGAGCUCCAGCUAUACUAAAAGGUGAGAUACUCAGCAUCUUUUAAUUGUUAUUUUAGGUUUAAAUAACAUAUAUACAAAGAAUGAGACAGUAACUGUAUUGUGGCAACUACUUGUCCCUAAUGUUUAGCAACUCUGGAUGAGUGGCUUGAGAGAUCCACUGCUCAAAAUUCUACAAACACACAUGGACAAAAACUGUCCAUUUUUGUGUGUGAACUAGUUGACCUCUUGUGUGUAUUGGGGUCCUCUAGUGGUGGAGAUAAAACUUAAUUUGUCAGAGUUUCAGCAAUAGCAGUAGUUAAUUUAUGUCUCUUAUUAUUAUCUUGUAACAAUCCUGGCGUGUUCCUCUUUUUGCGUUCUCAAUAGGAUAUUGUGUUUCAGAAAAUUCUGCAAAGAAUUUCUGUUCAGAAUUCUUGCAAGACUCUUGGGUACAGUUCUGGUGUUUGCAAAGCAAGGAGUUUUACUAGUCAUGAAAGCAUAGAGAUUGCAGGUGCUUCAGUAAUAUGAAACUAAGUGUUCUGUUAACAAAGGACAAGACUUGCAGUAAUCCUGUCUUUUACAAGUGCCUGUUACAUGUUCAUUUUUGUGUAACAGUUUAUGCUUAUAUACUAGGAUGCUGUUAUACUGCCAGUUGGUAGAGACUGUUUGUGACUUUCAAUUACCCUCUGCAGGGUCUUAAUUGCUUCCAGUAAUGAAGAGAGAGUUGGCAUCUCAGUACAUUUGAUACAAUUCAAAUAGCUUUUUUCUUCUUGAAGUGAGGCUGUUCUAGUCUGUAAAUUCUCUUGAUGAAAGUUAGUCCUCGCAUAGCAGUUAUAAUGACUAAAAAUCUAGUUCCUAUAUAAUAAAAAAUGCUUAAUAUAGAGAAAGGAGUACUCGCCACUUAACUCGCAGCUGAAAUGGGACAAAAUCAUGUGGUAAGCUGGCAGCAUCUGGGGUUCUUCCUUCAUAUUUCAAGUUAUAACAUAGUUCUCUUUAUUGUCCAGAGGGAGAAUGGUGCUGAAAAGUUGCCUUUUUCAUUCCUGUCUACAAACAUAUGAUAGCCAACAUUGGCAAAAGCAGUGUAAAUGACCUUUCUGCACUGUCCUUGCCUUGGCUGAAAAAAUGGAAUAUUUUGACAGUGGAUACAUGCAACUCGAAAUAGUUUCUCAACAUUUAGCUUACAAAGGUUCUUUUAGUAAGUAGCAGCCGGUACCCAGAUCAGUGGAUUGUUCCAGGUGGAGGAAUGGAACCAGAAGAGGAACCCGGUGGUGCUGCUGUCAGAGAAGUCUAUGAAGAGGCUGGAGUAAAGGGAAACCUAGGCAGAUUGCUGGGAAUAUUUGAGCAGAAUCAAGACCGGAAACAUAGGACUUAUGUUUAUGUUCUUACAGUGACUGAAAUCCUGGAAGACUGGGAGGAUUCGGUUAAUAUAGGAAGGAAAAGAGAGUGGUUUAAAGUUGAAGAUGCAAUCAAGGUCCUUCAGUGUCACAAGCCAGUACAUGCAGAGUACUUGGAAAAAUUGAAACUGGGAUGUUCACCAACCAAUGGAAAUUCUGUGGUUUCUUCCCAUCCUGAUAACAACUCUCUAUAUGUUACUCCUGCACAGACUUCUGGGUUGCCCUCAACUGUAAGAUAAAAUUCAGCUACUUUUUUGUUCACCAUCACAAGGGGAGAUGUGUUAGUGGUCAUGUGCUAUGUGUAUAGUCAUUUAAAUUGAGUGUGUGAACACUUUAUGUUCAGACAUAUACAUUCUUUCUUUCUUUUUUAGCAAUGUUUAAUAUUUCAACAAACCAAAGCCAUACAGGGAAUUCUUAAAGAUGCCUUAAAUGGUCCUCUUUGUGGCUUUUAAAAACCUGAUUUAAAAAAAAAACGAGUGAAUUUGUAAUUUGGCAUUUGAGUCUGGCUUAAUUUUGUUAAAUUUCCUAAAAAAUCAAAAAAAAUGCUAUUUUUGGGAACUGUUUUUAAUUUAGUCAUCCUUAUUUCCCUACUUCAGUAUAAAAUUUGUUGGACAAGUUAAAAGGCAGCAGAAACCAACAAAGAAGUGCCUUCUAUGUCAAGAAGUGUCCUCCCAAAUAUUUCACUUACAAAUCCUAACCAAAGUAGUGCCAGCUUGUCUGUCUCUGCCAAUCCUUCACCAAUUUGUGAUCCUCUGCCAAUCAUUGUAAGCUCUUGCUUACAAAUAUUAGCCAAACAGGCAGAUUCGAGAAAAAUGUUAACAUGCCAACCCCUUAACCUGCUUGCUCUCCUCUUGCCAAAGUCAGCCUUGGCUUUCUUUGCUAUUCCAGCAGGUGUUGAUUCACUACUGGGGACCAUCCCAGCUUCUUCCAGCCAGUUUCCAAAUACAUAAAUUGGAUCACUAUUGGGAAGAUAACUGUCCUGAGCUUUGAGAAAAAAUGCAGACUAAAUGGGUUCUGAUCCUGUUUUAAUGUUUGCAGCUAAAUUAUAGAGAUUCUCUAAAUUAUAUGAAGUCUAAUUUCAGAAAUCUCUAAAAAGCAUUUACUGUACGCUGAACUUUCCCUUGAUUCCUCAAGUCAUUACUGUGGUUGAGGUAAAGAACUACCUCUAUUAUGAAACUGUCUCUUCUCAUUCUUUCUAUGUAACAUAAACCCACUGUAAAUAAUCCAACUGGUGUAUAGUGUAAAGUGGAAAGAAGAGGUAAUGUAAAUACUGUUGCUCACACCAGUAGGUUACUACCUAGGACUUCUGUGUCUUAAUAGCUAUGUAACCAGCAGAAACUUUAAUAGCUCAGUCACUGAAUCUUCACCUAGUGAGUUCCUGCUCAUCACAUAACAGAUAAAGGCACAGGAAUCCUGUCUGAGAAAAAGGUGGCAACCUUACACACUUAACUUCCAACACAUUGGGUAAAAAUGCUGCUAUAAAUUAACCCACGUGCUGUUACAGUUUUUAAGGAAAAUAUUGGUGCCAUAUGCUUUCCUUCUAGAAACAUGUGGGAAUCACACAUUGUGCCAUAUAAAUGCAUUUAAGCAAGGAACAUCAGUAAGAGGUUUGGUUGUGAGUGUUGCUUCAAGAGCCAUAAGUACUAUUAACUGGAGAUGGACUUGCAACAUCUUGCUCAGGUUAGAACCUCCAGGAGUUACUGGCUUCAGAGAAUUUGAGUGGAGCCAUAGAUGUCAUCAGUUUUGUGCUUGAAGAGCCUUACUUUCCAUAUUCUGAUUCAGAUGGUCAAAAGAACAUUCAUAGUGGACUGGUGGCAGACCCAUCAAUGUGAAACUUUGUACACUAAUCGGAUUAAGGAAACGGCUAGUUAACAAGUAUGCAUUUUUCCUGAUUCCUAAGUCAGCAUUUCAACCCCACACUCUUCUUCAGUUAUCACUAACCACAUGAUGAUAAUAUGAGAAAUGUCUCUUGUUCAUCACAGUGAUGGAAGUAAGAGCAAUUUUAAUUAGUUUUUGGUUACUAUAACUGCUUUCAUCUCAACUUUUGCUUUUGGAACAUAAAACCAA